AUGAGUUUCGUGCCGAUAAACCCGCGCCCGUUCCUCCAGGACCUGGUGAACCGCGACGUGAUUGUGCGGCUCAAGUGGAACGAGACCGAGUACAAGGGCCGCCUGGUCAGCAUCGACAGCUACAUGAACGUGCAAUUGAGCAACACGGAGGAGUUCAUCAGCCAGAAGCCCAUGGGCCUGCUGGGGCAGGUCUUGAUACGAUGCAACAACGUGCUCUGGAUCACUGCGGCGGACAAGGGCGACGGCGGCGGUGACAGCAAGAUGGAGGAUUGA